AUGCCCUACGUGGGCGUGGGCGCGCAGCGGCAAGCUGCUGCGCAAUCACUAUGCGGCCGCCGGAUGCUGAGCGUCUACUUGGCGAUGGCCGUCGGGCUGCUGAUGACGGUGUUCGUGGCGCUGCUCGGAAAAUAUCACUCUGAUCACCCGGCAAUAGCCCCGAAAAUGGAGACGAUUGAGGAUGUGCACGCCUUCGCCGCCCGCACCUUAUCCGAAAACAUCAACGUUGAGAACAUCAAGGAAUAUUUACGCGUCUUCACGAAAGAGCCCCACGUCGCCGGAUCCGAGAAUAACAAACGGGUGGCGCACGCGAUCCACGAUCUUUGGAAGACUAUCGGGCUCGAGGAUGUUCGACUUGUACCCUAUGAGGUGCUACUCUCAUAUCCGGACUGGGAUAAGCCGAAUAAGGUUUUUAUCAAAAAAGGGACACAGACGGUCUUCGAGUCGAAGGGAAUUAGCCCGGUGAUAAUUCCAGAUGAACAGGGAGCAAAAUACGCUGGUCAUCAAUGGGUAGCUUGGGCAGCCCCAGGUAUCGUCACCGGGGAUGUCGUCUUCUGCAACCGAGGUCACCAGGAGGAUUUUGAAAAUCUGCGCAAGCUAGGGGUCGAUGUUACGGGCAAAAUCGCGCUCCUGCGAUAUGGCGAUGGUUUCCGAGGCGAUAAAGUGAAGAUUGCGCAGGAUUACGGUGCUAUCGGGGCCAUACUGUAUUCCGAUCCAGAUGACGUGGCGUCAGAUGGCACGGAUUCUGCCCACGUUUACCCAAACACGGUGUGGAUGCCGAACGAGGGAGUACAGCGUGGUUCGACGAUGCAUGGUGAUGGAGACCCGUUGACACCAUUGUACCCCAGCAAGCCGGAUAUAUACAAAUAUCGCACGAUCGAGCAGGCGAAGAAAGAUCGUGUCCUACCCACCAUUCCUAUUCUACCGAUCAGUUACACGACAGCUUGGCAGAUUAUGUCCCGAAUGGAUGGACGUCCGGUGCCAAAGCAGUGGCAGGGAGGCCUUAACGUCACCUACCGUACGGGCCCUGGCCUCAAGGAUGGAGCUACCGUAACCAUUGAUGUGAAAUCGGAAUUGCAGACGAGAAACAUCCGCAACGUCAUUGGCUACAUCCGAGGCCGCGACGAGCCCGAUCGCUAUGUAAUCCUGGGCAACCAUUUUGAUGCUUGGGUCUACGGCUCCAUCGACCCGAACAGCGGGACGGCCAUCCUCAGUGAAGUAGCCAGAUCUAUGGUAGCUACGAUGAACCAAACAGGGUGGAGGCCAGCCCGGAGCAUCAUCUUCAUGUCAUGGGACGCCGAAGAGUACGGCCUCGUCGGGUCGACGGAAUUCGUCGAGGAGUACGUCGACAUUCUGCAGAAGCGAGCGGUUGUCUACAUCAACAUGGACUGUAUGACUGGCAAUCGGACCUUGAUUCUCAAUACCGUCCCCUCGCUCUAUGACGUCUCGAUUUCCGUCUCAAAAACUGUCAAGAACCCGUUGAAAUCUGAGGUUGAAAGAGGGAGAAAAACGGUUUUUGAUACUUGGCUCAAAUACUUCCCGGACCCAAAACGGCGCGGUAGGCCGGAAAUGCAAGUCCCAAGCGGUGGAUCCGAUCACGCACCGUUCCUGAAUUUUGCUGGAGUUCCGGUCAUUGAUUUUUCCUACAAGAACAUCUCCCGGAAAGACUACGCGCUCUACCACUCGAUGUACGAGACGCCGUUCGUCAACGAGAAUCUGAUCGAUCCGGAUGGUUUUGCGGCUCAUCGAGCAACUGGGCAAGUCUGGGCCGAGCUAGCAAGAAGAUUUGCUGAUGAGGUCAUCCUCCCCUUCAACGUCACCGAUUUGGCAGUGUCGAUCUUGAAAGACUACAUCCCGGAUGUCCGGCAAGCCAUGGGACCGCUCUACUACUUCAAGGAAGCCAUCGACGACGCCAAGCAACAAUUGACGCACUUUACCGCGGCUACUACUGAAUUCUACAACGUCGCCCUGCAAUUCAACAAAACGAUCACGCUGGGCAGGCAGGCUUUUGAUCAGAAUCCGUACGAUCCGCGCCACGUUCACGCGAUCAACGAGAGGAUUAUGGGCGUGGAGCGCUGCUUCAUCAAUCCGCGCGGGAUGAAGCGCGCCCCGCAGAGUCGGCACGUCCUGUUUUCGGUAUCCGACAAGGACAGCUACAGCGGCCGGGAGAUGGCCGCCGUUUUUGAUGCCAUCUCGGAUUUCAAAGCGGCCAAAUCAACGCAAGAACGCCAGGCGGCUGGCCGCGAGCUCGCUCAGGAAAUUAGCAAGGUGCAAUACUCUAUAAUGUGUGCUACAAAUGUGUUGUUGGAUCAUAUC